AAUAAACGAACAGAACAGAACAGGUCAAAGAUAAGUUUUUGGUCUUUCUUCUUUAUUUACAUCAAAGUUUUGUUCUUUCUGCUUUUAACUUUUCUGGGUGUUUUCUCUUUAUAUUAAACCAUUUCUCUCGCUUUCAUUUUUUUUUUACCUUCAACAUUCUCCAUCUAUAAUUUGAAGCAGCCAGCAAAAAAGACUUAUUAGUACAAGAACAAAUAAGCUGCAGAAAUUUUAAAGUUUCCUUUUUCUCCAGGCAUCUUUUCCUCAAAGUUCCUUAUGCUUUUGGCUAGAUCGCCUAUGUCGAAUUCUGGCGGCGUCCUUAAAGUUGUGGUGGUGCAAGGCAAGAGGUUGGUUGUUAGAGACUUCAAGACCAGUGAUCCUUAUGUCAAACUCAAGCUUGGAGAUCAGGUUGCAAAGACUAAGGUAAUCAACAGCUGCCUAAACCCUGUUUGGAAUGAGGAGCUAACCUUCACCCUACCAGAACCUGUUGAAACUCUGAAGUUGGAAGUGUUCGACAAAGAUCGGUUCAAGGCAGAUGAUCAGAUGGGAAACGCUCAUGUAAAUAUUCAACCACUUGUAUCAGCAGCAAGACUGAAGCAUAUAUUGAAGGUUUCAACAGGAGAAACAACUUUGAGAAAAGUGAUCCCUGACAGUCAAAAUUGUUUGGUAAGAGAGAGUUGUAUCAAUUGUGUGAAUGGCGAGAUUAUUCAGGAGGUGUGGCUAAGGCUUUCUGGGGUUGAAUCUGGAGAAAUUGAAUUGAAACUCAAGUUGGAAAUUCCUAAUCCAAGUUCACCCCCUAGCUAGAACAUUCAAUUAUGGUGUCGUGGUGAUGGGUGCUACAUUGGCUGGCCAUAAUUGCCUACAUAGGACUGCAGUUUGAUGAAUGGUCAGGGAGAAGUGUGAUAUUCGUAUGCCUGAGUAUACAUUACUGACAAGCUGGUAGUGUUAGUGAAUUGAGUUGUGUGAUUUACAAUUUAGGUAGAUGGAAAGUGAAUGAGGUUUGAAACGGACCAAAACAUGUAUACCAAGGUGUACCAUUUGCCAACUGUGUACAUUUGUGUUUUUAUAAAAGUGACUUCGGAGAGAAGUUAGGCUC